AUGUUUUCCCCCGGCCAGGAGGAGCACUGCGCCCCCGGCAAGGAGCCGGUGAAAUACGGGGAGCUGGUGGUCCUGGGGUACAAUGGUGCUUUACCUAGUGGAGACAGAGGCCGGAGGAAAAGUAGAUUUGCUCUCUAUAAGCGAGCCAAAGCUAAUGGAGUCAAACCCAGCACGGUCCACGUGAUAUCCACACCACAGGCAUCCAAGAAAUCAGUCCAGAACCUGGAGGACCUUACAAAAGCAAUCAGCUGCAAAGGUCAACACAGUAUAUCAUACACUCUGUCAAGGAAUCAGACUGUGGUGGUCGAAUAUACACACGAUAAAGAUACGGAUAUGUUUCAGGUGGGCAGAUCAACAGAGAGCCCUAUCGACUUUGUCGUCACAGACACAGUUUCUGGCGGUCAGAACAGUGACGAAGCCCAGAUCACACAAAGCACCAUAUCCAGGUUUGCCUGCAGGAUUGUCUGUGACAGAAAUGAGCCUUAUACAGCACGGAUAUUCGCAGCCGGAUUCGACUCUUCCAAAAACAUAUUUCUUGGAGAAAAGGCAGCAAAAUGGAAAAACCCCGAUGGCCACAUGGACGGGCUCACUACAAACGGGGUCCUGGUGAUGCACCCCAGAGGGGGCUUCACUGAGGAGUCCCAGCCCGGGGUCUGGCGCGAGAUCUCGGUCUGUGGAGAUGUAUACACCUUGCGAGAAACCAGGUCAGCCCAGCAGAGGGGAAAGCUGGUGGAAAGUGAGACCAACGUGCUGCAGGACGGCUCCCUCAUCGACCUGUGCGGGGCCACCCUGCUCUGGCGGACAGCCGACGGCCUCUUCCACGCCCCCACCCAGAAGCACAUCGAGGCCCUGCGGCAGGAGAUCAACGCGGCGCGGCCGCAGUGCCCCGUGGGCCUCAACACCCUGGCCUUCCCCAGCAUCAACCGGAAGGAGGUGGUGGAGGAGAAGCAGCCCUGGGCCUACCUCAGCUGCGGCCACGUGCACGGCUACCACAACUGGGGCCACCGCAGUGACACGGAGGCCAACGAGCGGGAGUGUCCCAUGUGCAGGACUGUGGGCCCCUACGUGCCUCUCUGGCUCGGCUGUGAGGCCGGAUUUUACGUGGACGCAGGACCGCCAACACACGCGUUCACCCCGUGUGGACACGUGUGCUCGGAGAAGUCUGCCAAAUACUGGUCUCAGAUCCCGCUGCCCCACGGAACUCACGCGUUUCAUGCCGCCUGCCCCUUCUGUGCCACGCAGCUGGCCGGGGAGCAGAACUGCAUCAAAUUAAUUUUCCAGGGUCCAGUCGACUGA